AUGUCGCUCACCGAGAUACGAAAUGUCGUCCUCCUAUUCAGUAACCCAGUAUGGAGCGGCGCCAGUACGGUCCCGUCGACAAUCAUCCGAAACCUCACGGCUCUUUCGUCCGACAUAGCAUAUAAGGAGAGAAUUUCCACCAACAUUACCACACUAACCUCCACAAAUGCCGACUCGUCUAAUGGCCUUAUCACCGGCCUUCUCUACGUCCCCGACCUCGACAACGAUCGUGAGUGCGACCAGCAACAAUACCAGUUUAUUCCUCGAAAUGUCACCCGCCGAGAUAAUCUCCCUCCUACCAAUUACAACCUCAUCGCUCUUGCGCCGUGGUUCAGCAUCGACUGUACCCUAGCCUACCUUGCUUCUGCGCGUCUCGACCCCAUUCGCGCUUUCAUCUUUUACAAACCUAACAACUCGUCAAAUCAACCGCAAGAUGCGGACUCGCCUGUUUGGAAUCUGGAAGAUGGUGGAGCCUGGAUGACCGUUAACAAAUAUCCGAUUUACGCCAUUUCUGGUCAAGAAGGCCAGAAUAUGAUGCGACAACUCAGUUACUAUUCAGGCAGCGUGGACGACAUACCUUACGGCGAAAAUAUCAGCACACUAUAUGGCCCGAACCCGAAGGACUAUGUCCGUAUUUGGACCGAACUCAGCGUUCAGGACGAGUCUGAUAUUCCACCACUAUGGGCGUUCUUCCUCAUAGUGAUUGGUGCCUUGCUUGCCAUAUUUGCAUUCGUCUCGAUAACAAUGCACCUUGUUCAGCGAAGACGACGUAUAUCACUUCGAAAAAGAGUUGAAUCUGGCGAAGUCGAUCUUGAAGCCAUGGGAAUUAAACGCCUGACAGUACCUGCUACCCAUAUCACCAGCUUUCCUCUAUUUACCUACAACGCGGACCCGGACUCGGCAGCGCCUCCUCCUACCCCAUCAUCUACACGACGCAUGCGAAGUAGCCGAGGAUUCGAUCAACGCAGUAUACGAUCCGGUGCCAGUGUCCGGAGCAAACGAUCCAAUAUCGGAGCCUCGGGCGACAACGCUGCUACUAAUUUCCAACCUAGUUGCCACAUCUGCCUCACCAAUUUCGAACACCGAGUCACAAUUAUUCGGGAGCUUCCUUGCGGUCACAUAUUCCAUCCCGAAUGUAUCGACGAGUUUUUGUCAAAGAACAGUUCUCUCUGUCCUAUGUGCAAGCAUUCGAUGCUGCCCAGAGGUUACAGUCCAAGGAUCACGAACGGAAUGGUGCGUCGAGAACGUGCUCUGAGAAAAUUACGUCAAAGAGUCGACCUCGAGGAUUUGUCUGAGGAAGGUGAUAACACAACGAUGAAAGACUGGAGUAAACGACUAUUCCGAACCUCACCGUCACCUUCACGGCCUUCCUCGUCGCCACUUGUUAAUUUGAAGCUACCUAACUUCAGACGACAGCCUGCUACAAAUACAGCAACAAAUGAUGAGGGACGAGUAGAAUCGCCACCAGCAUCGUCCACACCCGCACAAUCCCAAGAACUAGAGCCAGAAGCAGAAGCAAACACCCGCCCACCAGCUCCAGCCCAGAUUCCGAAGACAAGGAGACCCAGACCUCGACUUUUGAAUAUGCUCCCAACACAGCCAGAGAAUUCCGAGUUGAAUACGGAUCCAACGCCAAGACGUGGAAGUCCUUCUUCGUUUGCUCGACAACGCAUGCGUGAAAUUGCAGCCAAGAACGCGCCUUUCGACGAUCCGGACUCUCAAAGGGCGAUAUGGCUACGAGCACUCUCAAAAGUUUUCCCAGGCUAUUUCUAA